UAAAGCGUCAUGGGAGUUGUAGUCUGGCACUCUGCUGUCCCUUCCCGCCGUCGUGGCGGUCCGGGACAGGAGUGAGCCCUAGGGUGGCGGGGGAUUACCGGGGUCCCGUCGAGGUGGUGGCAGCACAAUAGCCCAGUCCGGGAGUAACCGGCCUCCUGGCCCCUCCCACACCCCCGAACAAGAGCGUGGGAGGGGCCAGGACGCCGGUUACUCCGGGACUGGGCGUGAAGCACCGAGCCCCGCUACCGGCGCUGCGAGGUUCGCGGUAACGGGGACACACUACUUCAUUCCCUCACCGUGGGGACAGGGAGGACGCGCGGAGAGCUUGAUCUUGGAACCUCGCGGGGACCCUCAUCCCAUCCCUGCUCACCCAGCCACCCACGGACCAUGAACGUGCUGGCUCCGGUCCGCAGGGACAGGGUCAUCGCCGACCUGCCCCCGUGUUUUCGGAAGGAGGCCGCCCUGCACACCCGCCCCGCCUUCCACCCCACUGUGGCCAGCGCCUGCCAGGAGCAGCGGACGGGCACUGUGGGGUUCAAGAUCUCCAAGAUCAUCGUGGUGGGUGACCUCUCGGUGGGGAAGACCUGCCUGAUCAACCGGUUUUGCAAGGACACUUUUGAUAAGAACUACAAGGCGACCAUCGGGGUGGAUUUUGAGAUGGAGCGGUUUGAGGUGCUGGGGGUGCCCUUCAGCUUGCAGCUGUGGGACACGGCCGGCCAGGAGCGUUUCAAGUGCAUCGCCUCCACCUACUACCGGGGAGCACAGGCCAUCGUGAUUGUCUUUGAUGUCAACGACGUGGCGUCCCUGGAGCAUACACGGCAGUGGCUGGCUGAUGCCCUGAAGGAGAACGACCCAUCCAACGUGAUCCUCUUCUUGGUGGGCUCCAAGAAGGAUCUGAGCACGCCAGCACAGUACAGCCUGAUGGAGAAGGACGCUCUCAAGGUGGCUCAGGAGAUGCAGGCAGAGUACUGGGCUGUCUCCUCACUCACUGGGGAGAACGUGCGGGAUUUCUUCUUCCGAGUGGCAGCCCUGACCUUUGAGAGCAGCGUGGCGGCCGAGCUGGAGCGCGGCAGCAACACCCGCAGGAUCGGCGACACCGGAUCAGCAGCAAGGAGAGCGACCUGUACCUGUCAAUGCCCCGCAAGAAACCCAAGUGCUGCCAGUGAGGGGACAGCCCCAGUCCCCUCCAUGCUCACACCAAAGAGGGGCGACCCCGGCCGGCCCCGAGGAGACGUCCCUGCCUCCCCCAGCCUCCCCUGGCCCCUCGCCUGCCUGGGCACCCCUGUCCAGGGUGGGCAGGAGCACGUGUGUGGCUCCUGCAGCUAUGCAAACCCAGGUACUGCUGCAGGGGGAAGAUGCCCUCAGGCUCCCUUUUGUCUUAAUUAAACCUUUUUUAUGCUUUGUAAGAAA